AGCCAUCUUGCUCUUGCCGCGUGCUGUUGUUGGAGGACCCUCCCGGCUUCAGGUUUACCAACAGCAUGAAUCAAGAAAAGUUAGCCAAACUUCAGGCUCAGGUCCGGAUAGGGGGCAAGGGUACAGCUCGCAGAAAGAAGAAGGUGGUACAUAGAACAGCUACAGCUGAUGACAAAAAACUUCAGAGUUCUCUAAAAAAACUGGCUGUGAAUAAUAUAGCUGGUAUUGAAGAGGUGAACAUGAUUAAAGACGAUGGGACAGUUGUUAUUCAUUUCAACAAUCCCAAAGUCCAAGCUUCCCUUUCUGCUAACACCUUUGCAAUUACUGGUCAUGCAGAAGCCAAACCAAUCACAGAAAUGCUUCCUGGAAUAUUAAGUUGGCUUGGUGCUGACAGCUUAAAAAGUCUUAGGAAGUUAGCUGAACAGUUCCCUCGGCAAGUGUUGGAUAGCAAAGCACCAAAACCAGAAGACAUUGAUGAGGAGGAGGAGGAGGAGGAGGAGGAUGUUCCAGAUCUCGUAGAAAAUUUUGAUGAGGCAUCAAAGAAUGAAGCUAACUAAAAAAUUUUUUCUGGUGUUUGGAAGCUGGCAUGGACUAGAUUUAACAAAUCAGCUAUGUGGUUCCAAAGUUUUACAGACGUGGAGAACAUCAAUUGUUACUAG